ACGGCUCUCGCAUACAACACAAUGGGUGGUCACCCAAGAACAUUUCAAUUUCAUGCAUGUUUUGUUGGCAUCUUUUUCUUCAUCCAUCUUCUACAUUUCUCAACUGUUGUUGAAGCCAGCAACAAUGGCGGAUUCAGUGUCAAACUGAUUCGAAAAAAGUUGGCCAGAACAACAACUCCCUACUGUCGGCGCCUCAUGGAUUCAUCAAAAGUAGUACAAUCCACAUCAAAUGCAUAUCUUGGUCACUAUCUCAUGGAGCUUUCUAUUGGAACUCCACCAAAAACCAUCUAUGGCAUUGCUGAUACAGGUAGUGAUCUUAUAUGGACCCAAUGUGUUCCUUGUCAUAACUGCUACAAACAACUCAACCCCAUGUUUGAUCCUCAACAAUCCUCCACUUACACUAACAUUUCAUGUGAAUCAGAAGCAUGCCAUAUACUAGACACAACAACCUUGUGUUCUUCUUCUUCUUCUUUCUCUGCUCAUAAUGAUCAAUGCAACUAUACAUAUGCAUAUGCUAGUGCUUCUAUAACACAAGGUGUUCUUGCACAUGAGAAAUUCACAUUCACUUCUACUAUGGGCCAACCCAUUUCACUUGAAGGUGUUGUAUUUGGUUGUGGACAUAGCAACAGUGGGGAUUUCAAUGAUCAUGAGAUGGGUAUAAUAGGGUUAGGAAAAGGGCCAGCCUCACUCAUUUCUCAAAUGGGUUCUUCAUUUGGAAGCAAGAGAUUCUCACAGUGCUUGGUUCCAUUCAACACUGACAUUGAUGUUUAUAGCAAACUAAGUUUUGGUAACGGAAGUGAAGUGUUGGGAGAAGGUGUGGUUUCUACUCCUCUUGUUACAAAAGCUGAUGAUACCACUCCUUAUUUUGUUACAUUGCUUGGUAUAACUGUGGGGAAUACCUAUUUGCCAUUUAGCAACACUUCUUCAGGAACUGUUGCUAAAGGUAACAUGUUCAUUGAUUCUGGGACACCUCCUACUAUUUUGCCACAAGAUUUGUAUGAUAGAGUAGUGUCUCAAAUGAGGAACCAAAUUGCAUUGAGGCCCAUUGAGGAUGAUCAUGAUUUGGGUUCACAGCUUUGUUAUAGAACAGAGACUAUUGUUGGGGGUCCUAUGAUAAUAGCACAUUUUGAAGGGGCAGAUGUGCAAUUAACACAAACUCAAAUAUUUGUUCCACCAAAAGAUGGUGUUCAAUGCUUGGGAUUCACCAAUACUAGUAGUGAUGGAGGAAUAUAUGGUAAUUUUGCACAAUCAAAUUAUUUGAUUGGUUUUGAUCUAGAUAGACAAAUAGUCUCUUUUAAGCCAACAGAUUGUACCAAACAAUAAAUAGUAUUUUGCCUAAGAUUUUCUGUAACCAUGUUAUAAAAGCAUUAUAUAUUCGA